GACAGCGCUACUUGUGGUUGUGUUUACAUCUGUGUUUUCUCACAGUUUUACGCCCACUUUGGCUACGUCGAGGAAAUAUACGACACACUAUUCUCGGCGAAUCAUCAAAAACAUCCUCCAGGUCUCUGCAGGGCUGUUGGAUUUGUGUCAGUUAAACGCUGAACAUGAUGACCACAGAGCCCGCCAGCCUGGACAGCCUCAGUGUGCUAUACCAGAGCGAUGACUACAUCGUGGUGGACAAACACUGGGACAUCCGCAUUGACAGCAAGAUGUGGUACGAGAAACACACUGUGCAGGCGCAACUCCGGCACCGCUUCCCUCAGCUGGCAGACCCGAGCACCUACUAUGGAUUCAGGUUCUGUCAUCAGCUGGAUUUCUCCACAAGUGGAGCUCUUUGUGUCGCCCUCAAUAAAGCUGCUGCCGGCCGAGCGUACCGCUGCUUUAAGGACCGAACCGUCACCAAAGCCUACCUUGCUCUGCUACGGGGCUGGGUGGAAGAAGAGACUCAAACUUUGGACUUCUCCAUCGGCAAGAACUCCUCAGAGGGAAAAACACACAUGAUGUGUAUUGAGGGAUCAGAAGGUUGUGAGAACCCCAAGCCUUGCCAAACUGAGCUAACGGUGUUAGAGUACGGUUUGUAUGAUGGAGAACCUGUGACCAAGGUGCUACUGCAGCCACUCACUGGACGAACCCACCAGUUGAGGGUCCACUGCAGCGCAAUAGGCCAUCCCAUCGUCGGGGACUUCACCUACAGCUCGGGAACAGACGACACCCCCUACCGCAUGAUGCUGCACGCCCACCUCCUCCACAUUCCCCUGGAACCUGAGCCCCUGCUCGUCUCUGCAGGAGACCCCUUCCUCCCCGCGGUGGACGCCAAGUGGCUCCCGCAGCGCUCAUUACGGACACUGACGGCCACUGUGGGGGCGCUGCUGGAGCAAAAGAUGGAGGAAGACAGAAAGAUCAAAAAGGAGAAGAGAGAGAGAGCGAGAAAGGAGGAGGAGAGGAGGAAAGGAUGCAGGGAACAAAGGACUGAGGAGGAGAGUGAGGAGCAGAGGACACAGUGUCAGGAGUGGCUGAGUGAAUGGGCAGGAGACUGAUGUGUUUUUUAUUUAUCUUAAUUUAUUUUAGCUUUUAACUAAUAAAGGCCAAGUUGAGUAUGCAUGCUCCAUCUCAUCCACCAACUGCGUUGCAUUUACAUGGCAAACAUGCAAGUGAACCAGCACCUGAAUUCUCUCACAAACCAGUUCCAGACAUGUUUGAAACAGCCUGGUCUCACUCCCAGAGCAUCCAAAAAACCCCGCUUGGUCCGUGGCACUCAGCGUCAGAUGCGGACGCACGAUUCAUCC